AUGGCCUGUGGAGAGGCCACUAACGUGGGAAGCGUUGACAUGAUGUUUGAUGCAGCCCAGGCGGCCGGGUUCAAGCUCAUCUACUCAUUUGACUACGCCGGCCGGGGUCCCUGGCCUCAGCAGGAUGUCAUCGAUAUGUUAAACGUCUACUCAGAUAGCCCGGCCUACUUUCGACAAUCAACUGGCCAGCCCUUAGUUUCUACCUUUGAAGGCCCUGGACAGUCUGAGGACUGGGUCUAUAUAAAAGAGCAAACUAAUGCCUUCUUUAUGCCUUCCCGGUCUUCACUCGGCGCCAAGCGCGCGAUGAAGAAGAAUGUCGCCGACGGGCUCUUCAGCUGGGGCGCCUGGCCUGAAGGACCUAACGACAUCAGCGAGGAGAUUGACGCUUCCUAUGUCGACUUUUUAGGGAAAGACGCUAGUGGCAACAAGAGGCCUUACAUGAUGCCUGUCUCGCCUUGGUUAUAUACCAACCUCCCAGGCUAUAGGAAGAAUUGGCUCUAA